UCUGCGCGCUCCCCUCCUCCUCUGCGCGCUCCGGGGCGACGCUUCUCCAAAAAGUUGGCCGAACCCGUGCAGCAGCAGCGGACCCAGACCCAGACGGCCGGGAGGUGCGUGGACUUUUCUGGGGACUAAAAUAGUCGUUUAAAAGGUAGUUUGUUUAGAACUUGUCCUCCGUCAGAAGCAUGGAGGCUCUCAGAGGUCUCCUUGCGCUGCUGUGCGUCUUUUUGUCUCAGGCGCAACCGCAGAUCCCAAGACCCAGUUUUGCGGACUGUCCCGUUGACCUUUUCUUUGUCCUGGAUACGUCUGAGAGCGUGGCCCUCCGGCAGAAACCCCCCAACUUUUACAUCGACCAGAUCAAAGAAUUCACCAAACAAUUCAUAGAUGAGCUGCAGGACAUGCGCCACAAGUGUGAACGGGUCCUGACCUGGAACUCAGGAGUGCUGCACUACAGUGACGAGGUCAUCCUCGUGCAGGAGCUGAGUGACCUGCACGUCCAACGGCAAACCCUCAAGAACAACGUCGACGGCAUCACCUACAUUGGCAAGGGCACGUACACGGAUUGCGCCAUCAAGAGAGGCGUGGCAGAGCUCCUUAUUGGCGGCUCCCACUACCAUGAGAACAAGUACAUAGUGGUGGUGACGGAUGGCCAUCCCAUCACCGGCUACAAGGAGCCGUGUGGAGGCGUGCAGGAAGCCGCCAACGAAGCCAAGCAGCACGGGGUCAAAGUGUUUGCUGUGGCCAUCUCCCCUGACCAGGAGGACACCCGGCUGUCCGUCAUCGCCACAGACCAGAACUACAGACAGAACUUCACAGCUGCAGACGAGACCAGAUCCACAAAGAUCAAGACCAUCCGCUCCAUCAUUGACAUCAUUAAAAAUGAGACGAUGGAUGUGUGCUGCUCCUUCGACUGCAGUCCUCCUGCAGGAAGGAAAGGGAUAGACGGAGACUCUGGCGCUAAGGGAGAGAUGGGUCGACCAGGAAUGCCAGGAGAGAAAGGAGAUAUCGGUAACCCUGGCAGCAUUGGCGACCCAGGUCCUGUCGGUUAUCGUGGAAUGAAGGGCGACCGCGGCCCCCGAGGACACAAGGGUGAAAGAGGACACAAAGGCUUCAAGGGCGACAAAGGCCAACGAGGACGGGACGGGACUGACGGACGCAAGGGCGAGGGUGGUUUCCCCGGGCUUCCCGGCUGCAAAGGCUCACCUGGAUCAGAUGGUCUGCAAGGAUUUCCAGGACCAAAGGGAGACGCUGGUUCUUAUGGGAAGAAAGGUGAAAAGGGGGAUCCUGGCAGAGAAGGUGAGCCGGGGCGAGCCGGGAACGAUGGGCCGCUGGGUCCGCAGGGAGUUCGCGGCCCCCCCGGAGGUGAUGGAGCCAAGGGAGAGCGCGGUGAUGACGGCCCACCCGGACCAGACGGACCUCGCGGGGAGAGAGGGUUGGUCGGAGAGAAGGGCGAGGACGGUUCUCGUGGAAACAGAGGUCCAAGAGGAGACGCAGGAGAGCCGGGACCGCGUGGAGAGCAAGGGAGGGAGGGCUCGGCCGGCCCCAACGGAGACCCUGGUGAGGCCGGAAGGGCCGGCGCGCCGGGCUACCGAGGCGACGAAGGUCCCCCAGGACAGGAGGGAUCCAAAGGGCCGAGAGGAAUCAAAGGAUCAGCUGGCGAUAGAGGCUCCAUGGGGGAGAGGGGAGUGGACGGUGUCCCGGGCAACGGCACGGUGGGCUGUCAUGGUCUGCAGGGGGACCGCGGGACCAACGGAGACCCCGGCGAGCCGGGCAGCAAGGGCACCCCCGGACCUAAAGGAGACGACGGAGAGCCUGGAGAUCCGGGCCCCGAUAACAACCAACCUGGGCCUCCAGGACCUAAAGGAGCCAAGGGCCACAGAGGACAGGAGGGCAGAGCGGGUCCUUCUGGGCCGCCUGGACCAGCAGGAACCGAUGAAUGUGAAAUUCUGGACAUCAUCAUGAAACUCUGCUCUUGUUGUGAGUGCAAGUGUGCGCCCGUGGACCUGGCCUUCAUCGUGGACAGCUCGGAGAGCAUCGGCGCCUCCAACUUCGCUCUAGCUAAAGACUUCAUCAUCAUGGUCGUGGACAGACUGAUCAAAGACCACCAGGUCAAGUUUGCAGUGGACCAGUCCUCCGUGAGUGUGGUCCAGUACAGCGGAUCCAAAGCACAAGAAGUUAUCAAACUAUUAACCAGCCCUACCGAGUUUAAGCAGGCCGUGAGGGACAUGAAGUGGCUGGCCGAGGCCACGUACACGGGGGAGGCCCUGGACUUCGCUCUCACCGCCACCAUCAAUGACAUGCGCAAGGAGAACAAGGUGGUUCUGGUUCUGACCGACGGGCGCUCCGACAUCAGCAGGGACCGGGUUCCGCUGGAUGUUCUCUGUGGGAAAGGCCUGCAGGUGGGCGGUUUGGGGGUGAAGGAUUAUUCGGGUCGCCCCCCCAACCCGGAGCAGCUGGAUAACGUGGCGUGUAAGAAUGACCCCAAACCAGGAUUUUCCAUUGUACUGGAGAACUUUGCUGAGCUGCUGGAUGACAAUUUCCUGCAGAAUCUCACGGGCAGGAUCUGUGAAGAGAAGAAGUGCCCCGACUACAAAUGUCCAAUCUCUUUCUCAGGAAGUACCGAUAUCUUGGUGAUGAUGGACAGCUCAGCCAGCGUGGGCCAGAAGAACUUUGAGACCAGCAAGAGCUUUGUGAAGCGCUUGGCCGAGCGCUUCCUGGCCGCCGAGAGGCAGAACAACGCCAAGGUGAGGGUGGCCGUGGGCCAGUACAGCCGGACGGCCAAGGCGGAGCAGGGACUCGGCCCGGGGGCCGACAACGUCACCGUGGUGCUGUCUCGCAUCGACGAGGCCGCCUUCCAGAACGACGGCACCAACGUCCUGGAGGCCAUGACCUUCGCCAGUAGGAUUUUACAAGGCCGUGGGGACGGAUCGGGGGGCAGGAAGAAGCUGGUGCUGUUCUCCGACGGCCGGUCUCAGGGCAUCACCGAGGCCGUCCUGCAGAAGCGCGUCAGUGACCUAGCGGCUUCUGGUGUCGAGCUCUUCGUCCUCUCCGCCGGCAACCAGGUGAACGAGGCCAACCUGCGGCUGCUGGUGAGCCGGGGCCAGCAGGACGACGUGGCCUACGGCCAGCGCCACCUGUUCCGAGUCCCGGACUACCCCUCUCUCCUCCGCGGCGUCUUCUACCAAACAGUUACCCGUAGGGUGUCCAUGAACGCAGGGCCUUGAACCACCACGCCAACAUGUUUAGAGAUUUUUUAGCCCCAGUAUGAAUAUUCAGUUUCACUUAACAAUACACUGCGUUCAAAUUACAUUUUAAAAAAGAUUUUGAAAGAUGUCACAAAACGACAAAUGAUUGUGGAGCAGAGAAACGACCCUUUUACUUCAAGUUUAUCCACCAAAGCAGACCGUCUCCACUUGUGAUUCUGCUGAUCAAAAAGCAUCUGGUUGUAAAGAACAUGUGGCAGGAGACAUUUCUGCUCUGGAGAUGAAAUUCCGGGUAAAAGAUGAGCCCUCCGGUCCUGGACAGACUUCUGUAAGAUCCACAUUAAAGCGACUUCUAGCUUUCCUUUUGGCUGAUUUCUACUCAGGUACCCUGCUUCUCUGCAUCAUUCCCUGCUCCCAUUCACAUCUCCCAGCAGGCUACUCUCUGGUCUCUCCAGGACCGAUGCUCUUCACGUUUGAAAGAUUUAAUUUUUGGGUCUAAUGUGGGCUCAGUUACAGUUCCUACCACUCCUUUAAGUGGUGUCAGAUGUAAUAUGUGACAGUAAUCGGAGACUAGAGAACAACCGCAGCUGUGAACCAAAACCAUGCCCAUUCACUUCUCCUGCCUAGCCUAGCUUGCCUAGCUAGCCUAGCCUAGCUCCUAGCUCCUAGCUCCUAGCUCCGUCCUCACCAAAGUUUAUUGUAAAAGUUUAUUGGACAGGUGAUGUCAUUCCUGACUUGACGACAACACAACAGGGAACAACAGGGAACCCAGGACGGAGACUAAUGAAACCCAUCAGUACCUAAGGCUAGUGAGGACAGCUGUGUGUGUGUGUGUGUGUGUGUGUGUGUGUGUGUGUGUGUGUGUGUGUGUGUGUGUGUGUGUGUGUGUGUGUGUGUGUGUGUGUGUGUGUGUGUGUGUGUGUGUGUGUGUGUGUGUGUGUUUGUGCCCAUUAUGCAAAUACAUGUGGCUGAAUUGAUUCCUCCCAAACUGUCCUGGGGUCAAACGUUGAAUAACAGAAUGACAGAAACCUGCUCUUUAUUAUAUGUGCAACGAAUAAACGUCAUAUAAACGCAGAAGCACUCACGUACACACACACACACACACACACACACACACAUAGCUUUGUAACUCAUCAGUGAGGCAGGGAAACAUCUGUCUCGGUUGAAAGUUAGAAGGGAAAUUCUAAGGAACUCGUAAUAAGAGUAGCUUACAAAGCUGUUCUUAUUACUGUUUGGUGCUGACUUGCAUGGGUUGUGCAGUUGCCUAAUCCUAACCGUAAUCAUUCCUGGUUCAUACCUGACCCUAUUCAUGUCCAAACACACCCCUACCAGAACCAAUGACACUCUGCCUCAUUAGGACCAGACUUUGCUUCUAAGUCCCAACUAGGUCAGUGAUUAUGCCAAAAUAAGUCCUAAUGAGGUCACAAAAACAAGAACACACUUUUCCAGAUCUGCCCAAUUUCACAACUUUAGGUUCCACAUAGUUUGUUGUCACCAGUGGCUCGGAGAGCGGCUGCAUGGUCGUUCUUGUAUGUGGUGCUAUUUGUCUCAGUGUAUCAGCCUCUGUCCAUGUUCUUUAAGAAGAUAUUUGUAGCUGGGGAUCCACGGCCUCAGAAGUGUUUUAAGAGCUCCUUCAAUAAAGGUUGCUACACCAA